CUCCUCCACUUGAAAUUUCGAACAGAGACCCCAUCACCUCGAAGAUAUUGACAAAAUGAUUGCCAAAGCACGAGCGCCCUUAGCAGGAAUAUUGGUGGCUUUGAUCACGCCAUUCACUGAUGAUGGCACUGCCAUGGACAAGAGUCGCCUGAAGUCUCAUAUAGACCAUAUCCUUAAUGCCGGUUGUCAUGGUUUGGUGCCUGGUGGCACAACAGGAGAAUCACGGCUUUGUCAAUGGAGGAGCGGAAACAAAAUCUGGAACUUUGCAUCGAAUAUGCUGCAGGGAGAGCCCCUGUCGUAGCAGGAAUUGGUGCGACGACCACAAAGGACUGUGUCGAGCUGGCUGAGCAUGCCGCAAAAGCGGGAGCUGCAGCUGUCAUGGUGGUGCCGCCUUUCUAUGACCCAGUCAAUUAUGAGCAGUUGCAGGAACUCAUGUCUGAGAUCUAUGCGGUCUCAAACUUGGAUAUCGUUUACUACAACAUACCUUCGGCAUCGGGAAUCACUUUAAGUCCCAAACAGAUCGCUGGACUCUCGCGGGUCGGAGUGAAAUACCUCAAGGACACUUCGGGAAAUGCGCCAGCCUUUACCGAGCUAGUUUUUGGUCUGAAUGAUCAAAUCACUGCCUUCAACGGUUGGGACACAUUGACCUUUUACGGGCUGGCGGCUGGUUGCAAAGGGUCCGUAUGGGGAGCAUCAAAUGUGAUCCCGGAGCUGUCAGCUCAGCUGUGGGACGCCAUCGCAGGAAAAGGGGAUCUCAAGACUGGCCGUGAAUUGUGGUCAAAGAUUUAUCCCAUCUGCAAGUUCCUCGAAGAACAUAAUUACCCCUCCGCAGUGAAGACGGGUAUGGAGCUGUUGGGACACCGUACCGGGGGAUUGAGGAAGCCGUUCAAACUCCUUCAGGGCGAGCCAAGAGCAGAACUGGCAAGGUUAUUGCAAGCUGCAGGUCUGGAGGUCGUAGAUAAUAACGGUGCUUGAGGCAGCAGUUGCCCCGCUAGGAG